AUACGCUGUCCAAUCACAGAGGUCGCUGCUGGAUGUUGACGUUUAGGCAAACAUGGCGGCGUUCUGGUGUAGUGCACCGUGCUAAGGUUGAUAGUUUGAAGGAUUAUGUUCAAGACAGCAAAAUGCUCAGCCUGACAAUAAAAGAGGUGUCUGUGGCGUUCAGAGAGGGGAAAAUCUCCCCAACAGAGCUUUGUAGGAGGUGUCUGAAUCGCAUCAAGAAAACCCAGCAUCUGAACGCUUACAUCACAGUGACAGAGGAGCUGUCGCUGAAGCAGGCUCAGGAGUCAGAAACCCGGCUGCUGCGAGGUAUCCCCAAAGGUCCCCUGGAUGGAGUCCCCUUCACCGUCAAGGACAACUUCUGCACUGAGAACAUAAAAACCACCUGCGCCUCCAAGAUGCUGAAAGACUACACUCCACCUUUCAACGCCACGGUGGUGCAGAAGCUCCUGGACCAGGGCGCCGUGCUGAUGGGGAAGACCAACAUGGAUGAGUUUGCGAUGGGCUCGGGCAGCACUGACGGGGCUUUCGGUCCGGUGAGGAACCCCUGGAGCUACGCCGGUUCCUACAGAACCCGGGCCCGAGCGGAACCAGACUCCGACUGGGUCGUCUCGGGGGGGAGCUCAGGAGGAAGCGCCGCGGCGGUGGCGUCGCUCACCAGCUUCCUGUCGUUGGGCUCGGACACAGGGGGCUCCACCCGGAACCCGGGGGCUCUGUGUGGGGUGGUGGCCCUGAAGCCCACCUACGGUCUGCUGUCCAGACACGGCCUCAUUCCUUUGGUGAACUCCAUGGAUGUCCCUGGAAUAAUCACGCGCAGUGUCGAUGACGCAGCCGUCGUCUUAGGUGUCCUCCAAGGCCUGGAUAUGAGAGACUCCACCACAGUUCCAGCUCCCUCCUCAGGAAUGGAGCUUCCCCAAGACUUUGAUGUCAGAAACAUCUGUGUGGGCAUCCCUAAGGAGUACCAUGCCCCCGGCCUGUCCGAGGAGACUCUGGCACAGUGGAGCCGAGUGGCCGACUUGUUUGAGAGGGCAGGAGCUCGGGUGGAGCAGGUGUCCCUCCCCCACACACAGCACUCCAUUGUCUGCUACCACGUCCUGUGUGCGGGUGAGGUGGCGUCCAACAUGGCUCGCUUUGACGGGCUGGAAUACGGACACCGGAGCCCAGCGGACAGCUCCACGGAGGCCAUGUACGCCUCCACGCGUCACGAGGGUUUCAACGACGUGGUCAGAGGGAGGAUUCUGUCUGGGAACUACUUCCUGCUCAAACAGAACUACCAGCACUACUUGGAGAAGGCCCAGAAAGUGCGCCGACUGAUCGCAAACGACUUCCGGGGAGUGUUUUGCUCGGGCGUGGACGUGCUGCUCACGCCCGCCACUCUGACGGAGGCGGCGCCUUACGCUGACUUCACCCGGGAAGACAACCGCACGCGCUGCGCACAGGAAGACGUCUUCACGCAGCCAGUCAACAUGGCAGGUCUGCCUGCUGUCACUGUGCCAACGGCUCUAUCCAGACGGGGCCUCCCCAUUGGCCUUCAGCUCAUAGGCCCAGCCUUAGGAGACAGGAAGAUGCUCAGUGUGGCCCGGUGGGUAGAGCAGAGGGUUGGCUUCCCCUCCAUCACUGACCACGACUCCCCGGACAGCAGGAAUCACGCAGGAAUGCCCAAUAAGGAGCAGAAUUUUGCUCUAUAAAGACCUCUCUGGUUCACAAAAAACUGACCUAAAACAGACCCAUAGCAGACCUAUCAGAUGCCGUUUUUGGGCGUUUUUUGUGGUGGGGGGUGUACAACAUGCAAUAUAUUGUAUGUGAGCGGGUAUGGUGCUUUACAUUACGUUUCAUUUCCUGUCUUACAUUUGUGUGUACAUACAUGCCGCUUGUUUUUCCAGGGAAUAUUUAUCAUGUCAUUUUUAUGAAAGUGCCCUUAGUUUGUUUAGUUUAUGUAUAAUUUUAUGCACAGAAACGCUCUAAAAUAAACAUUUCUGUCAUGUGUUCU